AUGCCAAACACGGUCUUUCCAUCAACACGUCAACUUCUUACAUCCGCUCUCGCGAGAUCGCUCAAACACUCCUACAUACUAGAAGCCAUGGAAUCGACCGCAAGAGCACGCAAGCCCAAAGCUCCGACUCUUCGUGACGCUGACUGGGCUCCUCACAAAGAGCACAUCGUCCAGCUCCACAUUACGGACAACAUACCACUCAAAGAUGUCAAAGUCAUCAUGGAAAGAGACUACGGCUUCGUUGCAGAGAUCCGACAGUACCGCACACGCCUCAGCAAGUGGAAAUUAGACAAGAACGUGAAAACCAGGGAGAUGAAAUCCAUCAUACGCAAAUCACAGCACCGCGACCUCGUCCAGACAGCCCAGCGCAGUCUGAGAUUCAAAAUUAGGGACCAGGAAGUCGAGCGCGAGAAAGUCACUCGCUGGAUGCGAGCACACGAUGUUGACGAACGCCAGCCUUAUGCGCCUUCUUCUGCAGCCUGUGCGUUUUGCUGUCUCGACGAGAGCCCUCUACUAACAUCUAACAGCAACACCGUCUGCAGUGGAGUACUGGACGAUGUCCGAGUCCAAUACUUCCGCCCAAAGCACACCUACACAGACACCAAUCCUGACCCCCUUCCAAAGCCCGUUGCCUGUCAAUGCCAUGUUGAUUGA